AAUGAUAAAGACAAUAUAGGCAUUUUCUUCCUCGGAGGGGUGGUUCCAAAAUAUUCCUUUUUUUUUUUUUUUUCUUUUUGUUCUGUUCACUCCAAAUCGGACUUAGGGUUUAUGGGUCUCCGAAAGACCCUCGAUUCGCGCUAGAAAUCUAGGUCUGCUCUGUAGCUGGGUGACGGUUAGAGCUAUCGCACUUUGUCAUUCUCGAGCAUCAAAAGGAGGUCAACGAAAUCUCCUACGAUUGUUAUAAACUGGAGUUAUCAACAUAAUGUUGUUGGAUGCGAAUCGUAGUUGUGGGUUUUAUAUCGCAACUCGUAUUCUCCACCUAGCUGAAUGGCACCCAUUGGAACAGCAACGUUGAGUAGGGCUUGAACCUUGAAGCCCUCUUUUCUUCCCUCUUAAAUUGGAUUUUAGAACUUUUAGGCUCAUAAUCAAUCAUCUUUAGGGUCCAAGCUCCACAUGUUCGAAAAGACUCUUUCUUUUGCCUGUGUGAUGGGGUGCUGUAGUUGUUUUGGGUUCAUCAGGACAUCUAACCGUCAAAGACAAAGGUCUAAGCCUGCCAUUAACAAUAAUCUCUACCAGGAGCCUCUGUUGGAUGUUGAUGACGACGUUGAAGAUGAAGAGGGCGAGCAUUUGUAUAACGAUGAGGUUGGUAACACUAGUGGAGAUGAUGCCGGGGAAGAAACUCGGCCCAAGCGAUCAGAAGAAAUUUUGAACAUGAGAGUAGAGAAUGACAUGGUUUGUAGGCAGUUUCCUGUUAAAGAUACUCACAAAGUUGUUCGCAUGGAGGAUGAAAAUGGGAACAAGAUGAUAAAUGAGUAUAUUCGUGAGUAUAAGAUUGGUUCUGGUAGCUACGGAAAAGUGGCUCUUUAUCGUAGCUCUGUGGAUGGAAAGCAUUAUGCAAUCAAGGCCUUUCAUAAAUCUCAUUUACUGAAGCUUCGAGUUGCACCCUCGGAAACUGCCAUGACUGAUGUACUACGAGAGGUUCUCAUUAUGAAAAUGGUGGAACAUCCUAAUAUAGUCAAUCUCAUUGAGGUGAUUGAUGACCCAGAGUCGGAUAACUUCUAUAUGGUACUUGAAUACGUAGAAGGCAAAUGGGUCUGUGAGGGUACAGGUCCCGCAUGUGGCUUAGGCGAAGAGACUGCUAGGAGAUACUUGCGUGAUAUUGUUUCUGGAUUAACAUAUCUUCAUGCUCAUAACAUAGUACAUGGGGAUAUUAAACCGGAUAAUCUGUUGAUUACUCGUCAUGGUACUGUGAAGAUUGGGGAUUUCAGUGUCAGCCAGGCUGUUGAGGAUAAUAAGGAUGAGCUUCGUCGAUCACCUGGCACUCCUGUUUUCACUGCACCAGAAUGUAUUUUAGGUCUGACCUAUGGUGGUAAAGCUGCUGACACCUGGGCAGUAGGAGUUACUUUAUACUGUAUGAUAUUGGGGGAAUACCCUUUUCUUGGAGACACACUUCAAGAUACAUACGACAAAAUAGUCAAUAAUCCUUUGGUACUCCCCAAUGAUUUGAAUCCGCCAUUGAAGAACUUGAUAGAAGGCUUACUUUUGAAAGAUCCAAGACUAAGGAUGACUUUGGGUGAUGUUGCGGAAGAUAGCUGGGUUAUUGGAGAUGAUGGGCCAAUUCCCGAGUACCUUUGUUGGUGCAAAAGGAAGAGCUUAGGAAUUGGAAACCAUGAUGAGAGCAAGACCAUCUAAAAUUAAUUUUAGCUUGCAUUUAUGUACAGUUGAAAACCCUGAUUUUUUUUCCCCUUGAUUGAGUCUUGGUAUUUUAUGAUAUUAUAGAGAGGCAGUCUUGAAGGAAUCUCAAACUUUAAGAAAUUGUGGCUCAUCUAGGCAUGAUAGUAGCAGAGGAUAACAAAUGUUUAUUUAUUUUUUGGUGAAAGAAUUUGAUGUUCAGAAGUAGAAACUUACUCAUGUUUAUCUUUGUAUACAUUGACCACCAACAAGCACAAUGCUUUUUAGGUCCAUUUUUUUGCAUAAUAGCUACCAAGAAAAUGGCUACCCUAACAAUUUCCACGGUCUCUAAA